CCGCAACACCCAAAGUCAGCAUCGCCAUCAUGUCUGACAACGAGGAAAUCGAAGUCGAAGCCGUCUCCGGAUACCAAGUCCUUCCCAAGGAGGUGACUGACGAGAUUGGAAGCAUCAAGCUCUUCAACAAGUGGUCCUACGAGGAUGUCGAAAUUCGGGACAUCUCCUUGACCGAUUACAUCCAAAUCCGCGCCCCAGUCUACAUCUCCCACUCCGCCGGCCGAUUUGCACAAAAGCGAUUCCGAAAGGCAAAUUGCCCAAUCAUCGAGCGUCUCACCAACUCCUUGAUGAUGAACGGCCGCAACAACGGAAAGAAGCUUAUGGCUGUUCGCAUUGUUGCCCACUCCUUCGAGAUCAUCCACAUCAUGACCGACCAAAACCCCAUCCAAGUCGCUGUCGAUGCCAUUGUCAACUGCGGACCCCGCGAAGACUCCACCCGUAUCGGUUCAGCAGGUACCGUUCGUCGUCAAGCCGUCGAUGUCUCUCCUCUCCGCCGUGUCAACCAAGCUAUCGCUCUCCUUACCAUCGGUGCCCGUGAAGCCGCUUUCCGUAACGUCAAGUCGGUUGCUGAGUGUUUGGCUGAAGAAUUGAUCAACGCCGCGAAGGGAAGCAGUAACUCGUAUGCCAUCAAGAAGAAGGAUGAGUUGGAGCGUGUCGCGAAAAGCAAUCGGUAAAUGGUGUCGUUUUUCUGCAUGGCAUGGUCUGGGGUUUCUUUCCUUUACGGAUGGGCAG